AUGAUUAUCGAUUAUUUUUGGCCCGAAUUGGAAUAUAUGGACUUGGACAGCAUGUGGUUUCAACAGGACGGCGCCACAAGCCACACAGCACACUUUACAAUCGAUUUAUUAAAGAACAAGUUUGAUGAGCGUGUUAUCACAAGAAAUGGAUCAGUCGUUUGGCCGCCUCGUUCGUGCGAUUUAACGCCACUAGAUUUUUUUCUUUGGGGCUACGUCAAGUCAUUGGUCUAUGCUAAUAAGCCGAUGACGUUGGAAGAGCUUAAAGCCAACAUUGAACGCGAAAUAGCAGCCGUUUCGGCUGAAAUGUGUGGCCGAGUCAUGAAAAAUUGGGUCCAACGAAUCGACCGCUGCACGCGUGCCCGCGGUGGCCAUAUGAGGGAGUCAUCGAGUUCCAUUCAUAAAUGUUUUUCCCACCCACCCAAUAAUAAAGUUUUUGAAAUAUCUCAAAUGGUUUUCAUUUUAUUUUGA